UAAUAAAAUAUUAUUAAAAGAUCAGUGGAACUGGGAGAUGCCCUCAAGGACUGUUCUCGGUCGAAGUCGUCCGUAGCGAACAGAUUGAUCUGUGGAUCAGCAACUUGUAGUGUCGAUGGGGAAGAAGAAGAUGGCCAUCCAUUUCUCAUUCUUUCUCUUGUCCAUCGCCGCACUCUUGACCACUGCUCUCUCCGAUCUGGUCAUCUCUAAGCUUGAUCGACGGAUUGAUCUUAUUUCACAAACUGUACGUGUCACCUCAACACUGAAGAUAGAGAACGCUGGAAGUGAUUCUGUAUCAGAAAUAUUAUUGCCCUUCCCUAAUUAUCAGUCAAAGGACUUGGCAUAUUUAUCUUCAGCUAUUAUUGAAGGAAAGGGAAAAACAAAAAGUUCCUCAGUUAUUCUUCCCGUUGAAGUUGUGAAUCCCCAAGGGAUGCCUCCAGAUUUGACAUGGUACUCUGUAUCUCUACCCAAGAGACUUGGAAAAGGGGAUACUGUAACAUUGGAUGUUCUAGCUGUCUUUACCCACUCAAUGAAACCGUUUCCUGAAAAAAUCACCCUUUCUGAACACCAGCUAGUUGUAUUCCAAGAUAGUGGACAUUAUCUUUCUCCUUAUUUGGUUAAGGCCCAAUCCCUUGUUAUAAAAUUGCCUGCUAAUGCUAAAAUUGAGUCAUUUACGAAACUUGAAAAUAGCAAACAAGCAGGAUCAGAGAUUAAAUAUGGACCAUAUGAGAAUCUUCCGUCCUUCUCAUAUUCACCGAUUGUUGUUCAUUUUCAAAACAAUCAGCCCUUUGCCGUGGCUGAAGAGCUGAUCAGAGAAAUUGAAAUUUCCCAUUGGGGAAAUGUGCAAGUGACAGAGUAUUACAGCCUUGUUCAUGGAGGUGCCAAAAGCUUAGGGGAGUUCUCCAGGUUGGAAUAUCAAGCUAGGCCUGAUAUAAGAGGUGCGUCAUCGUUUAAGCGUCUCACUGCCAAAUUGCCUCCAAGAGCUCAUUCUAUUUAUUAUAGAGAUGAAAUUGGCAAUAUCUCAACCUCAAAUUUGUGGGGCGACUCUAAAAAGACACAACUGGAAAUUGAACCUCGAUUCCCAAUGCUUGGUGGUUGGAAAACUUCUUUCACUAUUGAAUAUGGUGUGCCACUCCAAGACUUCUUGUUCCAAUCUGAAGGAAAACGUUUCCUUAACAUAACCUUUGGAUGCCCGAUAAAUGAUCUGAUCGUUGACAAAUUGAUUGUGAAGGUUGUUUUGCCUGAAGGAUCAACAGAAAUAUCUGUUGCUGUCCCCUUUCCAGUGAAUCAGUCAUACGAGACUAAACUUUCCCACUUGGAUAUGGAUGGCAGGCCAGUUGCUGUGCUAGAGAAGACAAAUGCCGUGCUUGAGCAUAAUCAAUAUUUCCAGGUUUACUACAAGUUCAACAGCUUUUCAUUAUUGAGGGAACCACUUAUGUUGAUCUCUGGGUUCUUCUUCCUCUUCAUCGCAUGCAUUGUUUAUAUGCACGCCGAUUUAACAAUUUCAAAAUCAUCUCCGUCUUAUCUGGCAAAGCUGCAGUGGGAUGAGGCUCAAACAGUAAUUCAACAGAUCCGAGAUAUCAUUAGCCAAAGUUUGACAAUCCAUGAUAAGCUAGAAGCAUCUCUGCGCGAUCUGUCGAGAACAGGUGAUGUCCAGUCUUGUAAAGCAGUCAGGAAAACCUCAGACGGUGUAUUGAAAGAGUUUUCCAAAGAACUAAAGCCCUUGUUGGCCUUCUUGCAUUCUUCUUCAUCACAUGCUUCUCAGAUAUUUCCCAAGGUAGAGGAUUUAGUUACAAAGGAGAGGGAUCUUCAAGAGAAGCUUAUGUUAAAACACACAACAGUUGUGGAUGGGUAUGAGAAGAAGACUAGUGGACGAGAAAUGGAGAAUAGGGUUGCUCCUAUUCAGCAGAAGCUUACUGUUCUGAGGCAAGAGGUUGAUGAUCUACUCGAUUUUAUCGAUGAGAUUUAAUAAUAGACCGUCAGUAGGUAGCGACAAUCCUUGUUUGUCUUUUCCCCAUCAAAUAUGGACAUCUUUUCGAGUCUUUACUUUCAGUUUUGUUCUAACUUAUGGUUAAAAAUAUUAGAUUUUAGAGUAGAUAAACACUUUAAAACUGAUGUCUCUCUGUUUUGGCUAUUUUUUACAAGUUUUUUUUUUUUGGUUUUCUUGUGAAUUGGCUUUGGCUGGUGAACUACACUUCUUUAGAUACACUUAAAAAAGCUGAUAUAUUAUUGUUGCCAUAUUUUACUUUAUGUUAUUUACC